UUGUGUGCUAAUUAUUUAGAAAAAUAUAAAAAAAUCUGUUUAGUUAUUUCACUUGCUACACCCUUCAACAAUUGAAAUAGUUAACAAAGAUUUCGAAAAAUCGUGUGGGGCAGUGUAAAAAUACGAUUGCCCAUCGUUGGGGACGGCUGGUAAAAUUAAUCAGUAUAAAGAAAAAAAUCUAAUUACCUACAUACCUGUCGUCGUAAUCGUUUCCUUUCGCUCUCAUAAGCCACGCAAAUUUCAACGUAGUAGAUCGUAGUUAAAUUUUUUCUUAAAGAUACUGUGUGCAGUGAAACAGUUGAGUAAAAAGCAACGGAGAAAAGCGAAUUUUUCGUUAAUUUUGCAAAAGAAUUGCAAAUAAUCCCCACACGAGGAUCGAUAUCGUGUUGAAGGUGCUCUUUUGUGCCGUGUGUAGUUUUUUUGUAGAAAAAAUACAAAAUAAAAUAAAAUAAAAUUUAAAAAUUAUACUCGCAACAAGUGCCUUAUUGAAAUGUGAAUAAGUAUUUUUAAAUUUCUAAUGAAUAAUUCAGUAAAACAAAAUAAACAACAUAUAACAGCAGCGAAUAGCAGUAGCGGCGUUUAAAUAAUAAAAAUAAAAAAUAAAUUUAUGAAUAUCAAAAUAUCAAAGCUGAAAAACAACAACAAACGCAUUAUUAUCUACAAUUCAUACACAAAUCAUUCAUAGUGUUCUCUCGCAUUCACAAAAAAAAUAUAAAAUAAAAAAACAACAACAAAAACACAAAAAGAAAGAACACAAAAAAUAGUAAAAAAACACGAUAAGCACCAAAAUUAAAAGAUAAAAUACCGUUUGGCGAAAAGACGUGAAUUCUGUGAUAAACAGUGUUUCUGAAACUGCCUUUCAAACGAAUUCAACGGUUGUUUACAAAAUAAUAGUAAUAAUUGAAAAAAAGCUAUAAUAAAAAAUUCGAAGAAAAAAAUCUAAAAAAAAAAUAGAAAAUCCUUAAAACGUGUGCUUCCUACGCUUUGCCGUAAACAGCGUUAUUUAUAAAAAAAGUAUUUAUUAAAAAAAAGCCAUCAAGAAAAAUAAAAAAAAUAUUGUUAAUAAAAAAUUAAAAUUAUUUUUAAUAAUACUUAUACAAAAAAAGCUUUUGCUCCAUUCAACCGUUAUACAACGAACAAGCUGUCAACAUGGAUUCGCAGGGUUAUGAAAAUGCGCGCAAUAUGACGCUGCUCUUCUUCCUUGAGCGUCUCAUGGACAAGGGCGAGGCGCGCACCGUACACGACUUGUCCUGUCAAUUCGGUAAUAAGGAGUUUACGAAGGAAAUGCGUCAGAUAGCUGGCGGUAGUCAAUCGGGCUUGAAGAAACUACUUGCCCAACAUCCUUCAAUCUUUCUUGUGGAUGGUGACUAUGUGAAGGUGAACACUUAUCAACACGCAUCGGAGGAUGAAAGCGGCUUUGGCGGACGACGUGAUUAUAUAAAAGAGGCUAAAGACUAUUUUAAGAAUAAAAUGCUGCAAUAUGGCAUUGGAGUUGAAGUGCCAGUACGCAGUUUGCUGGGGCAUCGUUCGCAGGCAUCACCACAGGUGCGACAUAUUUCAGGCCAACACAUCAAAGAGUUCACUGAGUUUCUGCAAAAGCAUACGGACACGUUCAAAGUGGUCGACGAUCAUGUUAUGCUCGUUGGCUGCGAUGAUAUGACCGAUUUGCCGGCACAAGAGCGCCUCCAUUUGCCGCAGAGUAAUAUCGAUACGAAAGCCACACAGCAAAUGUUGGAUUUCUUUGCGCAAUGCAUCGAAACGAAAGGUCCCAUUUUGGUGGAUCAAUUAUUCCAUUUGCUCACUGCGCGCUUUCCACAGGAACAAUGGUUGCGCAUGUUUAAGACGCCCAACGAUCUCUCAACCUUUCUGAAGCUCUUCUCCGAUUGCUUUCACAUACAAGCCAAUCUAGUCACGUUGCUGCACAAGCCCAAACUGAGCGAUGCUUAUAUACAGCAAGCGCAAGCGCGUUCACGCGAACAAUACAAUUCGAUGAAUAACAACAUCAAUAAUAUGGCUUUGAAGAACCAAACGCCAUCACCGACGCAGCCCGCGUUGAGUACCGUACAGCAACGUUUACAAUCGCCGGCGUUGCGUAAUUUUGUGAGUAACAAUAAUAUUACUACUUCAUCGCCACAAAGUCCGAUUGUGAACAACACCGGCAACAACAAUAACAACAAUUACAGCAUUACAUCACCAAAUUUCAAAUUAAAUGCGCCAGUAUCAAAUAUGUCGAGCCCAAUUACAUCGCCACCCGCUGCAGUGGCUGAAAAUACGUCACAAACCCGUUCGGAGCCCAACUCGGGCUUUGACAGUUUCAUACAAAUGUCGGAUGUACAUCUGGAUAAUCUCUGUGAACGCAAUUGUCCCAGUCCGAAUACAUCCUCCUCUUACGGACCAGCCGGUAAUAACAACCAAUCGCCCUCGAGUGGUCAAAAUAAUUUAAAUAUAAUACAAAACCCUGCCAUACCAAUACAAACGCCCACAGAGCGUCCGAAUAGUCUCAAUCAGACGUUGAAGCAGCGUGUGAAUAACUUAGUGAUACGCACUUUGGCGGAGAAUUACGAAAAGGAUAAACAAUCGCUGGCCAAUCAAGUGGGCGGUGCUUCCGUUGGCUAUAAUCCACAAAAUUCAAACUCCAACCAUACAAGUCCUGUACAUUCCAAUACCAACAAUACCACCGCAAAUGCAAACUCCACUCUAAAUGCUACAACCGUUAACAGUAACAGUAACAGCAACAGCAACAGUAACAGCAACAGCAACAAUGCGCCACAUUCACCUAGUCACAAUUACUUUGUAGGCGACACCUGGAAGAUUAAGGUACUGCAAAAUACAACCGUCAUAGCGAAUGUGAAACAUUCCAAGUUCGUCACCGAGGCGAUGCUGAAGUUUGCACAAAACAAUCAGAGUAUUGUCAUUUCGCUCGAUUGCGAAGGCAUCAAUUUGGGGUUGAAAGGCGAAAUUACGCUCAUCGAGAUAGGUACGUCCCGUGGCGAGGCCUUCAUUUUCGAUGUACUCACCGAUCCGGAGAUUAUCAAUGAUGGCGGUUUGAAGACGCUUUUGGAACAUGAAAAUGUGAUCAAGGUCAUACAUGAUUGCCGUAACGAUGCUGCGAAUUUGUAUCUACAAUUUGGCAUACUUUUGCGCAAUGUCUUCGAUACGCAGGCUGCCUACGCGAUCAUACAGUAUCAGGAAACGGGCAAACAGGUGUAUAAAGCGAAAUACAUCUCGUUGAAUACACUCUGUGAACAAUACAAUGCCCCAAUCAAUCCGAUUAAGGAGCAACUCAAACAGAUUUAUCGCCGCGAUCAAAAGUAUUGGGCCAAAAGGCCAUUAUCACGUGAUAUGUUGCUAUAUGCAGCCGGCGAUGUGCUUGUAUUAAUCAACGAUCAACUCUAUGGAAAUUUAGCGCGGCAAAUAAAACCAGAGAAUCGUCAGCUUUUCUCUGAGUUAUGCACUGAACAAAUACUCAUACAGAUCAAACCGAAUGAGGUGAAAACACGUAAGAAGCAACGUAAAGUGACCACCGAGGUUGCUGACCUCAAACAGAAACUGGAGCAAUCAAAUAAGAGUAUUGUGCUGUCGAAUCGUGAAAUUCGCUUAUUACGUUAUAUGGACUUGACAGAGGAGGAAAAAGAUCGUCUAAAACGUAAUAAUAAUAAAGUAGCAAAGAAAUUUGAAAAAAUGGAAUCGGCUGGCAAUCAAACCAGGGAUCAAAGUGACUCAGAGGAUGAUCAAGAACCAAAUGAGAUUGAUAAUUUCCCAAGUCUCGACUCAGUGCCAUCAGAUAACUCAUUGCCCGGCACAUUUUCGCCACGUUUCAGCUUAGAGCCACCUAGUUUGGCUGAAUCUAUGCAUAUGAUGGAUGAAAUUUUGUCCGAUCAAUCGAUGGAUCGUGUAGUGAAGUUAGAUAAACUGGAAGCCAUUUUGUCGGCUGUGACACAAAUGCCAAAUGAUCAAAUUCUAACUUCCAACACGAUGCAGGAACAAUUGGGCUCUAGCAUAUCCGCCACCGAUAAUGUGCAAAUUGUGCGGGAGAAGACAAAAAAUGGCAAAAACUGCAAUUGCAAUUGUGAACGUAGCAUUACACCAACAAUGCGUGUGACCAAUGCUACUGAAAAGAAGGCUGUGAAAUUGGCCGAUGCGGCAUCACAAACACUGAGCACAGGCGAUAUUGUCAUAACAAAGAUAUUCUUCCAAGAUGAACAGGGUAAACCAAAGGAGAAAGUGUUGACCUCAUCGCCAAAACGGAUUGGGGCACCAGCAGCGAUAACGGCACAAGCACAAACAGCAGCAGCAGCAGCAGCAGCAGCAGCAGCAACCCCAGGAACAAAUCAAGCCACUACAGCUGCAGUGACAUCUUGAAUGUAAAAAGAGUGUGAAUCAUGUAGAAAAAUAAUAACAAAAUGUGAAUGUGUCGGCUGAAAAAGGGUGUGAAAAGGCAAAAAAAAAAAAAAUAGAAAACAAAACGAUAAUUUUAGCAAUAACGGUGUAAACAUAUCGAAAUUUAUGUAGUCAAUUCAACUACUAUAUAUGUAUGUACUUGCAAUAUAUACCAUAGAAUAACUAUAUACUAAAUGCUAAUAUACAUACAUAUAUACAUAUAAAUAACUUGUAUUCAGUGCUAAGCGUAAUUUGUUGCAAAUCUACCACAGCCACUUUUUUUUUGUAAUUAUUUGUACUUUUAUUAUACAUUUUAUUA